AUGAUUCAUGUCGUUUUCAUCCGACUAUACUGUGACUGGUUGCGCUAUGUGGGAUGCGUUUUACUAAUAAUCAAUCAGGACGUAGUCAUGGCUAGCUUAAAAUGGAAAGUGUUUAUUGACGUGGUGUGUCCCAAUUCAUGGACAGCCUUUAAGGUGUUGCGGAGCAAUAAAAUGAGUAAUCUCGUGAAAAACAUGGAUUUCGUGCCUGUAUGCGAUGUUAAGCUUGCUAUGCUCCGGUUAGGUGAAAGGAAUACAACACAGCAUAGAAUUAAGAGUUCAGAGGGCUGUGAUGACUCACCUAACAAACGGAAUCUCCGCAGUCCUGAAUUCUUCGCUAAACAAGUAUUGACUAUGGAAGAAUAUGUACCACCUGUAAAGUGGGAAGAAACGUAUUCUACCGCGUUGACAAAUGGAAGUAUCUUACCUUCCUUGUUCUUGUGCUCCGUUAAAGAGCAAGUACCUAAGCACUUUCUUCGCAGUGUAGAAGUUACUGGAGAACGUUUAUGGGAUCGGAGGCUACCAGUUCACAAGGGUGCACACUUGUCAACUUGCGCACGUGAAGCUGGAUUGACUUUUUUGGAAUCAGAGGAGAUAAUUUCUCGACUUUCUCAUGUGGAUUGUAAGGAACUGUUGCGACGCAACUGUGAGGAGGCCAUUCUUUCCGGGAGCAGGCUACCCACCGCUGAAAUGCGUUCUUUUCGUGAGUCAAAUUCGCGCCGCUAUUUGUUGCUUGUGAUGCCGAUUCCAUCGCAUUUCACAGCUACGCCGACUUCGAAACGUUCCUGCAAAGUAAUUGAAAGUUGGAUUAUUCACUUCAGCUUCAGAAAUUCACAGGUUGCGUUUGCUCAAGUUCGUUUGAUGUUCUAG